UGAUGGUCUUGUGGUUCAGCUGAUUCAGCAUCGACAUAUGGCAUUGCCUCAUCCACAUCCUCCGCAUCCUCCUGCCUUUCUUCUCCAUGUGUUUCCUGUGGUUCCUGAUUCUCUUGCCCUAGCUCCUCUUCAUCUUCUUCAUCCACUUCCCCCUCAUGUCCUUGAGUUUCAUUUGUCUCAUGCUGAAUUGUGUCAUCAGCAUCCUGCAUCGAUUCUUCGGCUUCCUCAUCUCCCUCUCUUACCUCCUUUACCUCUUCUUCAACCUCCAUCUCAUCCUCUUCGCUUUCCUGCUCCUGACAUUCAGCUACCUCAUCUUGAAAUGUGUCAUCAGCCACCUGCAUUGUCUCUUCAAACUCUGCUCCUUCGUCCCCUUCUUCGUCUCUUACCUCCUGACUUCCCUCAUCAGCUUCCUCCUCUUCGCUUUGCUCUCUCAGCUCCUGAUCUUCAUUUACCUCGCCUUGUGAUAUGUCAUCAGCCACUUGAAUCGCUUCUCCAAAUUCGUCGUUUUCAUCGUUCUCUCCUGCCCUUACCUCCUGGUCCUCAUCCUCGUCCUCCUCCCCAUCAUCAUCAUCUCCUGCCUGCCAAUGUCCUUCGUCCUCGAAUUCUUCGUCUUCCUCAUUUUCAUUUUCC